AACGACUGGCAUUUUUUUUCUCAACAAACGGCCCUUUUUUUUAAUUUCUGGAUUCGUGUCAUCAAAGCUCCAGUGAUAAUACCCUGGAAGCUGCGCUUCGUCUUUUUUUAUCAUUGCUUCACCCUUCCAUUAUCCCAGGUGAAGCUGUUUUUGAACAUUUCUGUUCUCUGGGAAAGAAGCAAAAGCCAGCAGAGCCAGCUUUUUGCCCAUCAUGGCUCCCCUCACAGCAGCCGACAUCGAUUUUAUCGACACGCCGCCUCAGCCACCGUGCACCAUUGAGCCGGUUGGAGACUGCGGCGUGAAGACCACCACUUCCCCCACAAUCUACAACCCUCCGCUCCCGGCUGACGGCCCCGGUGCCGCCGACUUCAGCAAUGUCGUGCUGGCCUCGCUCAUCUUCGGCCUGCCGACCUUCCUGGCGUGGAAGAUUGGUGGUGGCACCAAGACCAUCAUCUUCUUCAUCAUAAUCUUCUUCCUGCCCAUCCUGGUCGCAUACUGGGCUUUCAAGUCCAACUUCAGCCCGCGCAUCAACGACAAGGUCAAGCUGCCCGGCCGCCCCAUCGACCACUACCUGACCUUCAAGAACCCCGAGGACCAGGCCAAGUACAGCGCCCGUGGCGCCAAGAUCUCCAUGGAGACCUUCCACGAGAUGUACUUUGCCGGCGACGUCGACAUCAAGGGCGACAUGCUCGAUGUCCUCGAGUACCGCCACGACUGGGCCACCUUUGACUUCACCGUUGGCAUCUUCAAGUUCCUCCUGCUCACCUUCUUCCCCGACGUCCUCUUCCACUCGCGCUCUCAGGACGAGAACCAGGUGCGGGACACCUAUGACCGCGGUAACGACUUUUACGCCUGGUUCCUGGGCCCCCGCAUGAUCUACACCUCUGGUAUCAUCUCGGACCCCGACCGCGAGGAGACCCUCGAGGAGCUUCAGGACAACAAGCUCGCCGUCGUCAUGGAGAAGAUCGAGCUCAAGGAGGGCGAGCGCCUGCUCGAUAUCGGCUGCGGCUGGGGAACCCUCGCCCGCUUCGCCAGUGUCAACUACGGUGCCAAGGUUACCGGUGUCACUCUCGCCCGUGAGCAGGUCGCCUGGGGUAACGCAGGCCUCCGCGCCGCCGGUGUCCCCGAGGAGCAGAGCCAGCUUCUGUGCUGCGACUACCGCGACAUCCCCAGCGACAAGAAGUUCAACAAGAUCACCGCCCUCGAGAUGGCUGAGCACGUCGGUGUCCGCCGCAUGGUUACCUUCUGGAGGCAGGUGUCUGACCACCUCGAGGACGACGGUAUCCUUUACGUGCAGGUCUCUGGUCUGCGCAAGGCCUGGCAGUACGAGGACUUCAUCUGGGGUCUCUUCAUGAACAAGUACAUCUUCCCUGGUGCCGACGCCUCCACCCCGCUCGGCCCCUACGUUGAUCAGCUCGAGUCUGCCGGAUGGGAGAUCAAGAGCGUCGACACCGUUGGUGUUCACUACUCUGCGACCCUUUGGAGAUGGUACCGUAACUGGCUCGGCAACGCCGACAAGGUCAAGGCCAAGUAUGGCAACAAGUGGUACAGGAUCUGGGAGUACUUCUUGGCUUCCGCUACCAUUGCCUCCCGCCAGGCCAGUGCCACCUGCUUCCAGAUUGUUUGCGUCAAGAACCUCAACUGCGUCCACCGCAUCGAGGGUGUCAAGUCGCAGUACGGUCUCUUGGGCGCCCUGGAGGCGAGCAAGGCUGCUGGCAAGAACAGGCUGCCUGACCUCAAGAAGGCUUAAGAGGUUUUUGUUGUAGACGGGGGUUACACCACGAGGGCCCACGCUGGACCAAGUCGCGUGGAUAUGUAGUAGUAGUGGUUGUCGAUUUUACGGCCGCUGUUUCUAGAAGCAGCUUUGGGUUUUUCCGGCCGUGCUGGCGACACCACAGGCAUAUAGAUAUUCGGUCGGAUUCUCAAUCACGGGAUAUAUGGAGGGAAAAACAAACUUAAUUAGAGCUAGACAAACGGGGUGGGCGGUCGGGCUUUUCCUCUGGCUUGUGUCAUGAGCCGACUAUCUAAAAAGGGGCCAAGCCAUUCAAUUGGCUGGCGAAUGAGAACGAGAGUUGAGACAUGAACGACCAUAUUUCAGACGUCCUUUGUGUAACACGGAUGACCGAAUUCUUCUUGGGUUUCUCUGUUUUUGACAGAGAGGGAAACUAAAGCAAGCAAGAUUAGC